UUUAUAUUUGCUCAUUCAGGGGUGAACGUGGGUCUGAUAGUUUGCAUAGUUUUUUGGGGGCGCUGCGAUCACACCCCCCCGGUUCAUGCUUUGUUCGGAUUUCAGCCAAGUUAGCACUUGGUUAUUCUGGCACAUUACUAAGGAGACAUCGGUAGCGGAGCACACACACACAUCAGCCUGACGCUCAGGAUAUCAAGGACAAUGACAGCCAUCAACGGCCCUCGAGACAAGUACAAUGCUGUCUGGAUUAUCUUCUUCAUCCUUGGCUUGGGAACUCUUCUACCCUGGAACUUCUUCAUAACAGCCACUAUGUACUUCACUUCUAGGCUGAGUUGUUCCGACAAUGUCACCAUGACAGCCAACGGGACUGAGACCGGAGACCACAAUAUCCUAAAGUCUACGUUCAGCAACGUGAUGACUCUCUGUGCCAUGGUUCCUCUUCUCAUCUUCACCUGCCUCAACUCCUUCAUUCACCAGAUCAUUCCACAGAAGGUGAGGAUUCUGGGAGGUUUGAUUGGCAUUCUCGUCAUGUUCUUGGUGACGGCCGUAAUGGUGAAGGUGGAGAUAUCCCCUCUGCCCUUCUACGUGAUCACCAUGAUUAAAAUUGUCUGCAUCAACUCAUUCGGAGCCAUGCUGCAGGGAAGCCUGUUUGGCCUUGCAGGGAUGCUGCCUGCUUCCUACACCACGCCCAUCAUGAGCGGGCAGGGCCUGGCCGGGACCUUCGCAGCUUUCUCCAUGAUCUGCACCCUCCUUACUGGUUCAGAUCUUCGGGACAGUGCCUUUGGAUAUUUCAUCACAGCGUGCGUGUUCAUUGUUCUGGCCAUCGCGUCAUACUCCGCACUGGCAAAAAUGGAGUUUUUCCAGUAUCAUAUGGAGAGUAACAGCAAGCAGUCUGACAGCGACCAAGAGAAUAAGAUGGAUCUGCUGAAGAAAGAGGACUCUGCUAAGACGGCACCAGUCUUUGGACUCACAGAGGAGGAGGCCAACCAAAAGUCCUCCGUUUACACCAUCUUCAGAAAGAUCUGGGUGAUGGCACUCUCUGUGUGCUUUGUCUUCACUGUCACCAUCGGUGUCUUCCCUGCCGUCACUGUGGACGCCAAGUCCAGCGUAGCGCAUAAGAGUUCGUGGGAUACUUACUUCAUCCCAGUGUCAUGCUUCCUCAUCUUUAAUCUGAUGGACUGGGCAGGGAGAAGUUUCACCGGUGUGUGCAUGUGGCCUGGGAAAAACAGCAUCCUGCUUCCCAUUUUGGUGGUCGUCAGGGUGGUGUUCGUGCCUCUCUUCAUGUUAUGCAACGUCCAGCCCAGAGCAUAUCUGCCCGUCUGGUUCGAGCACGACGCCUGGUACAUCAUCUUCAUGGUAUUCUUCGCUUUGACCAACGGCUACUUGGCCAGCCUCUGCAUGUGCUUUGGACCCAAGAAAGUUCUGGCCCACGAAGCGGAGACGGCUGGAGUCACAAUGGCGUUCUUCUUGUCCUUGGGAUUGGCGCUGGGAGCGGCCUUCUCCUUUGCCUUCAGAAACAUGGUCUAGGCUGAGGAAUUCGCCCCAAAGCCUCUCGAUCAUCACAGAAUCGGAGUAAUGUCAACAGGGUCGUCCUCUGACUGAGGAGAGAUGUUACAAAAUUUGGACUUUAGCUUCAGACGGGUAAGAAAUAUGGGCCUUUGAUGUGAGCCGUCACCACGGCGACCCAUCUUGCAGUGCCUCAGAUUUGACAGAUUUUUAUUUUUUUUGUGUCGGCAGAAAACAAUAUUAACGCAAUACAAUCGAAGGUAAAUGGUACGGCACUCAAAAUAUGUGGUUUUCUCCCUGACAAAAGGGAGACGCCAAUCAGCCUUUUCACACGAUAUUGCAAACUCAGAGGGACUGCUUUAGCUGACCAAACCCUCCGGUGUGCAAUAUUGCUGGGAAAGUGUGAUGGUAACGACAUCAGCAAAGGCAUCUUAAGUAUGAGAACGUGCUCAGGAAACCGGGAUUCAUUCUGUAAAUGGGCUGAAUGGAUGAGUUCUUUCUUUUUUUUUUUACCUUGCAGCCAAUUAUCUUUAUGUUAGUCAGCAAGCAGAUGUUCACUAUAUUUUACUAAUAUAUCUCAUUUAGUUUUUGAUCAACUAAUCUACACAGAUAUUAUUAGACUAUAUUGUUAGUCGUAUAAAGCUCAGAAUAAAGACUUCCAGUACUACCAAAUGUCUGUCUGUAAUGUUAAAUACUGUUGUUGCAAUACAGGUUUUCAUGUAUUUAGUUACAUGUUAGACAGUCACAUAAAAAUAAAAUAUUUUUCAAACUUUUAAA